CCCAAAUCCUCUCAGUCUCACUCCUCACUCCCGUGCCGUCCGUCCGUAGAUUCCAGAUCGGCGGCGGGAUGGCCGGCGGCGCGGCGGACGAGCGACAGAUCCCCGUGGAUCCGCCCGUCCUCGAGCACCACCCUGAGUCCCCUCCUCGUCCGCUGCCGCAGCCGCAUGGCGCCCGGGAAGUUUCCUCGCCGCCGCUCCCAGAGGAGCUCCUGCUGGACAUCUUCCGCCGCAUUCCCGACCAGACCGACCUCGUCCUCACCUCCGCCGCCUGCGUCACAUUCCAUCGCCUCAUCACCGACCGCUCCUUCCUCCGGCAGUACCGCAGGCUCCACCCGCCGCCCCUCCUCGGCUUCCUCCAGUACGGAGACAAUGUCUUCCACCCCGCGGUCCCGCCUCACCCCUCCGCGCCGGCAGCUCGGGCCGUCGCCCUUGCCGGCGACUUCUCCUUCUCCUUCGUCCCCGCCCCCGACCCCGCUCACCGCUGGGCCGUCCGGGACAGCCGAGACGGCCGCGUCCUCCUUGAAGCAAGCCCCCGGGAAGGUUAUAGUGCCCGUGGAGUCGUGUUCACAGAGUUGGCGGUGUGCGACCCGUUGCACCGGCAGUAUCUCCUGCUUCCCCCAAUCCCCGGUGACCUAGCAGCUACCGUGGAAGACCCACUCAUGCGAAUACGGCCGCAUUCCAGCGAGACUUUCUUCGCUCCGCAAGGCGACGAGGCAGCAACUGCUGAUGAGACGUCAUUCAGAGUGAUCUGGAUGGUCCAGUGCGAAGCUAAGAUCGUGGGCUUUGUCUUCUCUUCCAGCACUAGGCAAUGGCGAGCCAUUCCAUGCCAGAGUUGGGCCAAUUUGUUAGCUGGCUUCGUGUCAUCGACUGGGAUGGCACUCUUCUACGGGCGCCAAUGUACGUGUGACUACUUUUACUGGCUGCCAAACUGUCAGUACGAUUUGAAAAUGUUGGUGCUCGACACCCUGAGGAUGGAGUUCUCCGUUGAUGAACCCCCAUCUGAAGCCAAAAAUGCGUUAUUUCUUGGUAUAACCAUGAUGGAGACAGGAGAAGGCGGUCCUAGAAUGCUUGCUGGUACCUAUGACAUGACUUGCGGCAAUCAUACCCUUUGGAGGAAAAAUGGUGGGAGCACCAGCCAGUGGCAGAAGGAGAAGAUGGUCUCACUCUCACCGGGCCCUCGGGAUGUGCUGAGAUGUUCAAUCGGGAAUUACUUGGUCCUGGAUCACUUUGGAAGCUCGUUGCUUGAGAAAGGCUUAUACACAGUGGACAUCGAAACAUUACAGCUUAAGAGAGUGUGUGCUUCAGUGCAUGGCAGCGCAUAUUGCAACUACCCACCAUCGUUGUCGGCACCGAAAGUAUCAAGUGAUAUUGGACAGGUAUUGAGGAGGAAGUGCUCGAACAAGGUGUGGAGGCCCUACAAGUAAAGGGGCCGUAGAUGGCCAUCAAGCUGGAGGUCAAGCUGAUGUGUUGGGGGUUGGAGAUGGUGCCGAUUAAGGUUGUGCUGAACUUGACCUGGAGUUUAUCUGACAAUUGUGGUGUAUCUGCUGCAUAAGUUGGCGAGAGCAUCAUCGAUGUUUAGUUUCUGUGCAAUCAGUUAGCAAAUUAAUUAGGACUCUGUAUUAAGUCAAAGUGACUGAUCUACUGAUGUUGUUGUAUGCCUGCAAGUUCAAGUGUGUGGAAUGACACUGAUCAUGUAUUUGGAAUUGAAAAAAGCCAAGACGUGUCAUUGGAGAUCAGAUAUUUGAGACUGGUCAAUCAAUUUCUUCCUGCACAUGCAUAUGAGAGGUAUGAAAUCCAAGUUUAUGUUUGUACAAAGAAGUGAAUCGCAUAUAUAUAUCUACUCUGUCCUGCUAAUUGUGCCACCUCAGAUUGGUGUUUAUUUGAAUGCCAGUCCGUUAUUAAUUCAUUUUAAUCUGAGCCAACCUGGAUGACAGUAGUACUGUGUGUCUUUAUAAUGUGCGUCCUUUCUUGAAAGAGAUAAUAAUUUACCUGUCUUGUUUUAGAGAAUUCAGGCCGUGUUUUGCGUUGUGACAGACAUAUUUUUCUUUUUUUGAGACCUUGAACAAGGGGUAGCGCAAUUUGCGCCAGCUUUCCAAUAUCCAUGACAAAGAGGAUUAGAAUGUUCUGGAAGGAAUCGUUGCCUAGGCUAAGUGUCAUUGGACAUUGAGUUCCCCUAUGAACAGAGCUAGAUGUAGAGCAGCUAAGGGCUUGCCUAGCUUUGCCGCAAAAAAAAAGGGCUUGCCUAGCUACGUGCUGAUGGUUUACUGCUUGAUGAACAACAUUGUUUUGUGUUGUAACAAGUUAAGUUAAUUCAGCUUUUCUAGCAUGCUUUAACCUAUUCUAUUCAACAUGGCUGCUUGGAGGACGUUGUCGAUUUGGAUGUGUUGCAGAUUUGGUCACUCCAUGACUACUCUCGUGCUAAUAACCUGAAGCACCAGAAGAUUAAAAGAAUACUGCUGCUAAUGCGAUUGUUGGUGGUCAGGCUGGUGUGGCUAUGUCAUUACAAUUCUGUCCGCUUGCAGGAGGUAUUGAAGAAGGAGCUUAGAAGGAGCGGCUGGAACAAGUUUGUGCUUCAUGCUCAAGCGCAGUCACCACGGUCAGAGUAGUGCUGAUGUGGAUGGUGCAGACAGGGCAGGGUUGAUGAUUAGAGACGUUGGUGAUGCAACUUGAGAAAUAACCACCAAGUUGGUCAGUAAAAUGCAGUGCUUUUGGCUCUGUUAUACGGUCAUCUAGAAUGAUACUAUCUGGAGUUUUUUUUUAAACCUUGUGUCCCUUGAUCUGAAUGUCCGGUGCAUUUGUUUGUUGGAUCAGGUAGCGAGAGCAUUAGCGGCGUUUUAGUUUCUCAAUACGUUAAUGGAGAGUAUGAACCAGUCAGUGUGAUUCUGAUCCUGUUGUAUGCCUGCAAUCCUGUACCUGCUGAACUAAGUUGGUGAGGAGUACUACUGUCCUUUUGGCUCUGUAAUACUUUCAUCUAGACUGGUAGUAUUUGGAGUU